AUGGUAUCUGCUAAUCCCGAUUCUCGACCUCUGCCAGAAGGAUGGAUCACACAAUUCAACGAAGAUUAUAAAACUUGGUUUUAUGUAAAUAAGAAUUCACCUUCAGGUGCACAAUCUCAAUGGACACAUCCAGCAGAUGAUCAACCUGCCGCAUACGCUCCACCAGCCGGUGCGCCUCCUUCCCAAUCUACUUAUCAAGAGAAAAGGGAGUAUGAUUCGACUCCCGCUUAUCAACAACAGUCAUCAGGAUAUACAUCUCCUCCACCUCCAGAGAAGAAGAAGGGUUUAGGUGGAAUAUUCUCCAAGCUCGCCGGUGGAUCUAGUAGUAAUAGACCUCAACAAGGUUAUAGCGGAUAUGGUCAACAACAAGGUUACGGAGGUGGUGGAUACCCUCAACAACAACAAUAUCCUCAACAAGGUUAUGGAGGUGGAGGAUAUCAACAACAAGGUUAUGGUGGAUAUCAACAACAAGGUGGUUAUAUGCAACAACAACCAAUGUAUGGUAGACCCCAAAGACAAGGUGGUGGUAUGGGCGCUGGAGGUGCUGCCGCUUUAGGUGUUGGUGGUGGUUUGUUAGGUGGUAUGAUGAUUGGAAAUAUGAUUUCUGACGGCCAAAACGACGCUUAUAACGAAGGAUAUCAAGAUGGUGAUAACGGUGGUGAUAUGGGAGGUGAUGAUAUGGGCGGUGGUGAUUUCUAA